UGAGCCUGGUAGCUAGCUGCCCCCGGACAGUCUUUAGCCGCUAGCGUGCUAGCAAACAGUUCAGUUUCUUUUUGGGACAGCACGAUGACGAACAUUAUGAACUAUUACAGACUUAUUCCGCUACAAAUUAUUGACAACACUACCGGGAGCUAGGGACGGCUUUCUUCCCAAUAAUCUGGGACUGCCCUGACCACCUUAAGACAACCGUUUAGAUGGACUAACAACGGAGCUAGCGCUGCUGCUGAGACUUCUGGAGCGGGCACGAAUGGGAUUAGCCGAGCUAGCCGCGGCUAAUGACGGUGCUGGCUGACUAGCUUCUCGGCUAACCGGUUGGCGUUAGUUAACACAGUUUGGUUGACAUCGCUCAUCUGGUAAUUACCAGGCUCUAAAUAGAGCAGAUUUGCUGGCACAACCAUGCCUCCCCGACCCUCCUCAGGAGAACUAUGGGGGAUGCACUUGAUGCCCCCCAACAUCGAAGUGGACUGCCUUCUGCCAAAUGGCAUGAUUCUGACAUUGGAGUGCCUCCGAGAGGCCACGCUCAUCACUGUCAAGCAUGAGCUUUUCAGAGAGGCCAGGAAGUACCCUCUUUACCAUCUGCUACAGGAGGAGAGCUCCUACAUCUUUGUCAGCGUCACCCAAGAGGCAGAACGGGAGGAGUUCUACGAUGAGACCCGGAGGCUGUGUGAUCUUCGGCUGUUCCAGGCCUUCCUCAAAGUUAUCGAGCCAGUGGGCAACAGAGAAGAGAAAAUUCUCAACAGAGAAAUAGGUUUUGCUAUUGGAAUGCCGAUUUGUGAAUUUGAUUUAGUUAAAGACCCGGAAGUUCAGGACUUCAGAAGGAACAUUUUAAAUGUUUGCAAAGAAGCUGUGGACCUAAGAGACAGUAACGGGCCUCACAGCAGAGCUUUGUACGUCUAUCCUCCUAAUGUAGAAUCCUCAGCAGAGCUUCCCAGACACAUCUAUAAUAAGCUAGAUAAAGGUCAAAUCAUCGUAGUCAUAUGGGUCAUUGUUUCACCGAGCAACGACAAACAGAAGUACACCCUGAAGAUCAACCAUGACUGCGUACCAGAGCAGGUCAUUGCCGAAGCCAUCCGUAAGAAGACGCGCAGCAUGUUGCUUUCCCAGGAGCAGCUGAAGAUGUGCGUCCAAGAGUACCAGGGGAAGUAUAUCCUCAAAGUGUGCGGCUGCGAUGAGUACUUGCUGGAGAAAUAUCCCCUGAGUCAGUAUAAGUAUGUCCGCAGUUGCAUCAUGCUGGGAAGGAUGCCAAACUUGAUGCUGAUGUCCAAAGAAAGCCUGUAUUCUCAGCUGCCCAUCGACAACUUUACCAUGCCGUCAUACGCCAGGCGUAUAUCCACAGCAACGGCGUACAUGAACGGGGAAACGGCCACCAAGUCUCUCUGGACUAUCAACGGCGUGUUGAGGAUCAAGAUACUCUGCGCUACUUACGUUAAUGUAAACAUCAGGGACAUCGACAAGAUCUAUGUCAGGACUGGGAUUUACCACGGUGGAGAGCAGCUGUGUGACAACGUCAACACUCAGCGCGUGCCCUGCUCAAACCCCAGGUGGAACGAGUGGCUGACCUACGACAUGUACAUUCCAGAAGUUCCCAGAGCUGCCCGACUGUGCCUCUCCAUCUGCUCUGUGAAAGGACGGAAGGGAGCUAAAGAGGAGCAUUGUCCCCUCGCCUGGGGCAACAUCAACCUGUUUGACUACACCCACACACUCGUAGCAGGAAAGAUGGCUCUUAACCUGUGGCCGGUCCCACAUGGCCUGGAGGACUUGCUCAACCCCAUCGGCGUCACAGGUUCCAAUCCCAACAAGGAAACCCCUUGUUUGGAGCUGGAGUUUGACCAGUUCAGCUGCCCUGUCAAGUUCCCUGAUAUGGCCACCAUUGAGGACCACGCAAACUGGAAUAUAUCCAGAGAGCUUGGCUUUAAUUACUCCCACACUAGUCUGAGUAACCGGCUAGCUCGAGACAACCCCCUGACUGACAGUGACAAUGAGCAGCUACGGCAAGUGUGCAACAGAGACCCGCUGUCUGAGAUCACUGAGCAGGAGAAGGACUUCCUGUGGAGGCACAGACAUGACUGCAUUAAUAUGCCAGAGAUCCUUCCCAAGAUCCUCCUGGCUGUGAAAUGGAACUCCAGAGAUGAGGUUGCACAGAUGUAUUGCCUUCUGAAAGACUGGCCCGCUAUUAAGCCAGAACAAGCCAUGGAGCUGUUGGAUUGCAACUUCCCAGAUCCCAUGAUCAGAGAGUUUGCUGUGAAGUGCCUUGAGAAGUACCUGACUGAUGACAAACUCUCUCAGUACCUGAUUCAGCUGGUUCAGGUUCUAAAGUAUGAGCAGUACCUCGAUAACCCACUGGUACGCUUCCUCCUGAAGAAGGCAUUAACCAAUCAGAGGAUAGGACACUUCUUCUUCUGGCAUUUAAAAUCAGAGAUGCACAACAAGACGGUGAGCCAACGCUUCGGUCUGCUGCUGGAGUCGUACUGCAGGGCCUGCGGUAUGUACCUGAAGCACCUGAGCAGACAGGUGGAGGCCAUGGAGAAACUCAUCAAUAUCACCGACCUCCUCAAACAGGAGAAAAAAGAUGAGGCACAGAAGGUUCAAAUGAAGUUCCUGACGGAGCAGAUGAGGAGGCCUGACUACAUGGAUGCACUACAAAGCUUCACUUCCCCGCUGAAUCCAGCCCAUCAGCUGGGAUACCUCCGCCUGGACGACUGCAGGUUGAUGUCAUCUGCGAAGCGACCACUCUGGCUGAACUGGGAAAACCCAGAUAUGAUGUCAGAACUGCUGUUUCAGAACAAUGAAAUAAUCUUCAAAAACGGAGAUGAUCUGAGGCAGGACAUGCUGACGCUGCAGAUCAUUAGGAUAAUGGAGAACAUCUGGCAGAACCAAGGCCUUGAUCUCAGGAUGCUGCCGUAUGGUUGUCUGUCUAUUGGCGACUGUGUGGGUUUGAUAGAGGUGGUGAGGAACUCUCAUACCAUCAUGCAGAUCCAGUGUAAAGGUGGUCUGAAGGGGGCGCUGCAGUUCAACAGCCACACGCUCCAUCAGUGGCUCAAAGAUAAAAACAAGGGAGAGAUGUACGACCAGGCCAUAGAUCUGUUCACGCGCUCAUGUGCAGGCUACUGUGUGGCUACAUUCAUCCUGGGAAUAGGAGACAGACAUAACAGCAACAUUAUGGUCAAAGAUGAUGGACAGCUGUUUCACAUUGAUUUCGGCCACUUCCUUGACCACAAAAAGAAGAAGUUUGGCUACAAGAGAGAGCGUGUACCAUUCGUGCUCACGCAGGACUUCCUGAUUGUUAUUUGCAAAGGAACACAAGAGUGCACCAAAACGAGGGAGUUCGAAAGGUUCCAGGAGAUGUGUUACAAGGCGUACUUGGCAAUCCGACAACACGCCAACCUCUUCAUCAACCUCUUCUCCAUGAUGCUGGGCUCAGGCAUGCCUGAGCUGCAGUCUUUCGACGAUAUCGCAUACAUCAGGAAGACUCUGGCCCUGGACAAGUCGGAGCAGGAGGCCCUGGACUAUUUCAUGAAGCAGAUGAACGACGCUCACCAUGGCGGCUGGACGACCAAAAUGGACUGGAUCUUCCACACGAUUCGCCAGCAUGCCAUGAACUGAGGAAGCAGGCAAGCGAAGAACCGUGGCAACAGCAGCACACUAAGAAACAAGACCUGGUUAUUCUUUCUCCCAGCUUCUGACCCAAACAUUAUCCACGUUUAGACUACAAAACGAGGAUGCUCAGAAAAGCUUAUUUUAUGGACAAGAUGCCUAACAACUUGUUUGAAUUUAGUUUUCCCUGCUUAAUGUAAUGGACCUCGACGAGACUGGUCUCUUUGUGAACUACAGACAAAUGUUUAUUUUUCUUACCUUUUUAUUCCUUUCCAUCUCCAGCCAUCAGCACUAAGGGCCGGUUGUUCAAACGUAUUCCGAUGGGAUUUUGUUUAACAGAUAGGAUCAAAUCUUGAAAAUGGGUUAUUCAGAAGGGAUAUCCGGAUUCAUAAAUUGGCUUGGAUCACGUAAUCCAAUCCUGGUUGUUAUCCGGAUAAAACCCUCAGUUUGGGUUGUUCAAACCUUUUGAGUAGGAUCCGGAUAACUUUGAUCCAAAAAAAACAGGAUUACCCUGAUCCCAACAGAUUACAAGGCGGAUUUCAAAAGGAAACUGCAGUAAAACCUCAGAUUUGAACAAACAAUAGUAUCUUUUUAGUCGGUGCAUAUGCUAACAUUUAUAUCUAUAAUAUAAAUAAAAACAUACCUUCAUGCUGUCCCCGUGGAAAUAAUCCCAAACAAAUUCAAUAAGAACACACAUAAAAUAAUUGAUUUACCAGUCAGUGCUGCAUAAUCAGGCCCUGUCAGAAAUAACGUCUGCAUCUCUCGCUACACGUCUGUCCGUCCCUCAUUCUGACAGAAUGCUGGAGGCUGGUCCGGUUCCUCCACACGGGGCUCUGGUGUCAUUAACAUUGUCACAGAGAGGGACAUCCGCAAUGUAGUUGUUAACAGAGUAGUAUUAUCUUUGUUGUGGCUUCGAUGGGAAGUCAUACACUUAGACCUGACGUGACCCCGUACCUGCUGUUCUUCACAUAGCCGGAAGUCCACAUUGAUCUACAUGCUGGAAAUCCAGAUUUGGUGAUCCUGAAAAACAGGAUUCUGGAUCAGGAUGAUCCAGUCCUAUUUUGCUUUGAACAACCGGCGUAAAAGUAAGCCGGAUUACGUGAUCCAUCGUCCCAAAAAACAGGAUUCCCAAAUCCGGAUAGCUUUUAACUGGAUUAAAUUUUUUGAACAACCGGCCCUAAGAGAACAUCUACCAUGAGACAUCUAGCUUUUUCCUAACCCAACAGAGGGCAGCAGACUUAUUUCUUCUACCUAUUUUGAAACUGAUGAAGACGAGGUGUGUGUGGUGAGGGAUGGGGUUAUUAACAUGCACACAGCCAGGAAGGUGUAAGCCUGCAGGCGCUCACAAAAUGCAAGACUGUCCUCUACAGCUGUGUGAACAGUCCACAACACUUUAAGCAACAGACUGACGGUGGGUGGGUUGUUGAAGCACCUAAAUUAGCAUUUAACACUUUUUGGAGCAAACUUGUACAUCCGUAUAUCCACAUACAUGUAUGCACACGGUGCACAUAUUCCAAUUUUCUACUGAGCCAAAGUACUACAUGUAUAACCCCACUACAAAGCAGUCUUAUUAAGAAAAGAAAAAAGUCACUACUAUUCCAAGAUUUUUGUGUACAUGUUGCACUGAUCCCUGCAGUAUUUGUUUAGUCUAUCAGUAUUACUCUGUGUCCGAAAGCCUCCAUCAUCCAACCUAACACAGACGGACCAGAGGACCCCCUAUGAUGGCUCGCUGGCAUGUAGGAUCCCACUUCUGUUUUUGUUAGAUUUUUUUGUGUGGGGGCAUUUCCCGAAGGAAAAAAAAAACGACCCUUAGCAGUCAUUUAGCAUCCUGUGCUGUUACACUAUGCAAGUCAGGGACUUCAGAUGUCCUGUAACCACAAACUAAAGAACAAAAAGUGAUGUCUGAAAGAGGAAAGAAGAAGAAUCAUUUUACCUGACAGACGUGUACAGAAAGGUGUGUGAAAACGGUGGGAAGAAGAGGGGAACAGAAAACAAGGCAAAAUGCUGCCGUGGGACAGUUUGGAAGCAGCUCUGGAUCCUGCGUCUACUUCUUGCCAUUCUUCUAACUUUGAAACUUUGAUUCAAGCCAUUGGGUUAACGUGUGAAGUGGAGUUUCCCUCUCGUCACACCCACAGUGUUUGAAGCCAAGAUGGGGACAUAAUUUGUAUCUUCAUAUUUAAAACUGAAAAAGCAAGUACAGGUACAAAUCAAAUCUACAAAUACGAAUUAAUUGUGUAAGCCUGAUCCUAUAAGUCAAUUUUACAAGUCAGAAAAAUGCAAAUAAAUUUUACAACUUUUACAAAAUUUAA